AUGGCCACCUCUUCCACUGCACACCUGCAUGCGGCCGUCGCAUUCAAGCAGGUGGCCGGCACCUUAGCCGCGCACGCAAACGGCACCCUCUCCUGGACCCCCUCGACCACAUCCUCGAGCGUCGCCGCCUUCACCAUCAACUACGUCGACAUCGCCGGCCUCCAGACAUCGAAGCAGGGCGCAGAGCAGACCGCUCUCAUGGUCGCUUUGGCAAACGGCGCCCAGGUCGCAGGCAAGUCAAAGGUGCUCCUCAUCUUCAACGCAGAGCCGCAGACCGCUCUCGACAACCGCGAAGCCUUCAAAAGCGAGCUCACCACCGCCAUCAUGAACAACAGGGCAGCACAGCAGCAGCCAGCCGCCAGCGCCAGCGCCAGCGGCUCCUCGACCCCGCUCACUGCGGGCUUCGCCAGCUCGCGUCCACCUUCGGUCCCCUCAUCGCCCGCCCCGGCUGCCAGGCGAGUCGCCACUCCGGACGUCGCCUCCAGCUCCGGCUUGAGCUCACCAGGACAGUCUUUCGCCAAGCGCAGCGACACGGCCUCAGACCCGCUCAUGCCCCUCACAGACAAUAAGCUGCGCGUCAGCGUCCUCCGUUCCGACAAGAACCUGCGCAACCUUCACAUGGACGUCGUCGUUAUCGGCGGCGCCAUGAAAGACGAGGAUUUUUGGUCUCAUCCACAGCGCCAGGCGCUCAUCCGCGCAGAGCGCGCAAGGCUAGAGCAGCGCCGAGGCCGCAACGCCCGCCUCGCAGACCCCAAGCCCGCGCACAACGAGGCGGGCGAGCUCAAACUCAACGUCUCCAACGAGCUCAUCGCCGACAUUUUUGAGCAGUUCCCCGUCGUCGCGCGCGCGUACGAGGAGAACGUGCCAUCCAAGCUCGACCAGAGUGCCUUCUGGCAGCGCUACUUCCAGUCCAAGCUGUACCACCGCCUCCGCACGUCGGCGCGGUCAGCUGCAUCGGAGCACAUUGUCCAGGACGAUCCCGUCUUUGACAAGUACCUCGAGGACGAGGACGACCAGCUCGAGCCGCGCCGCCUGCGCAACCCGCACGACCGCUUGCUCGACCUGGCGGCGACCGAAGAGGACCACCAGGAGACGGGCAACACCAAGGACUGGACCAUGCGUGCCGGCGCCGAGCGCAGGACGCUGCCGCUUAUGCGCCGCUUCAACGAUCAUUCCCAAUCGCUGCUCGACUCGGCCCUGGGCGAGCAGGAGGAGGCCGAGCGUCGCGCCCGCCGCGUCGUCGGUGGCGUGGGCGAGGAGUACGACGCCAACGACCCCACCGCGAGAGAGAAUGUCGAGGCGAUCAAAGCUCGCUACUACCGCGAGAUUGAAAUCGACGAUCUCAACGAGUCCGAACGGACGGAGCGAGUGCGGCUCAACGUGAGCGAGCUCGACGGGUAUCCGCAGAGCCAGGACCGCAACCAGUCGGUGGCCAAUGGAGCCGACGAGGCGGCGGGUGAAGGGGUGGGACGGAAGCGCAAACGGGCCAACGAGGACGACGGCAGCAUCCCGCGCACGAUCGAAGAGGUGCGCGCCACCGUCGAACGGUUCGAUGCCGACAUCAAGGGAUGGAUGCCCCAGUUGGGCGACUACAAGCCGCGCAAGGGCGAGAGCGAGGUGGCGAUGAAGGUGAUGCUGCGCAACGUCCGCAGCCGCACCACGGAUAGGGGCGUCAACGAUCUCAAGACGUUACCAGCGACGCUGCAAAAGACGACAACAUCGAUCCAGGCGUCAACGACCGAGUUCCUCCGACAGCUAUGGUCAUGCCUCUCUCCGAGCUCUGCACCUCUGGGGGACGCGGCAGAGAACAAGGCGACCAACUGGAAAGACGUGCAGGCUUCCAACCUCUCGUCCUCCUCCUCGGCCGCCGCCGGCGUCGAUGCUGAAGGUGUAGCGGGAGAUGCGGCUAGGGAGAGGGAAAAGGAGGAGAGGCUAGAGCGAGCGCGCAAGAUGGUCUCGAGUCUGGAAAAGUCGCUGGACAAGAUGCAGAAUGUCCAGCUCGAGGCGGAGGAGGAGCAUGGCGUCGAUGCGGCGAGAAAGGUGGCUACCGCACUCGCGCCCACCCGACAGGCUGUUGAGAAGGCGCUCAAGAUCAGGAUCGAGUGA